AUGGGGUGCGGGCCGCUGGGAAAAGGAGUGAGGCAGAAGAAGACGGAGGAGGGCGGCGUUCCUCACCUUCUCAUGAACCCUAGGCAGCAACUCAUCUCGUUGGGCCAGACGGGCGGCUCUUCUGACGGGUUACAACCAGGGCUGGUGAAGGAUGGGCUCGCGUGGGGUGGAGUAGAUAGAGGCAAGCUGGGAGUUGGGCCAAUUCGUUUGGGCCGAGCUCAGUGGAACCAUCCAAGCGAGCAUGUCUUGAAUGAAGGUGGGCCGAACCAGACUUUCGCCACGGGCUAG